AUGAAGGCGGAGAACGGAGAGGAGGAUUUGUGGCUGUUUGGAUAUGGGAGCUUGAUAUGGAAGCCACCACCAGAUUAUGAUCUGCGACUGCCCGGCUACAUAGAAGGAUACGUCCGUCGAUUUUGGCAGGUCAGCGAGGACCACCGCGGCACUCCCGAAGCCCCAGGCCGCGUCUGCACGUUGAUCGACCGCAACCUCUGGGAGACCCUAACCGACCACCACGCCUCAGCACCCCCCAAAACCUGGGGCGCAGCCUACCGCAUCCCCGCCGCGAAAGUCCCCGAAGUGCGCGAGUACAUGAACAUCCGCGAAAUCAACGGCUACAGCAUGCAAAAUGUCCCCUUCGUCCAACCCUCCACCACCAAACAGAAAGCCGACGACAUGUCCGCCACAUACCAGAACGUGCACCUCCCCGCCAGCGUCUCCCCGGACGGUGGCAAGACGAUAAAGUGCCUUGUCUACAUCGGCCUUCCCGAUAAUCCCCAAUUUCUCGGACCCCAGGAUCCGCAGGCGUUGGCGGAGCAUAUUGUGAAGUCGAGGGGACCGAGUGGGGAGAAUAAGGAUUACCUUUACGAGCUGGAUGCAGCACUCAAUGAUCUUAGCCCGGAGAGCAGUGAUGAGCAUGUGAGUGAUCUAGCGAGGAGAUGCAGACAGAUUGAGUUCAAUGAGGGGAUGAAGGCGAAUGCGAGAUGUGCUUGA